UGCCAGUUAGGUUCGAUAUUAAAGCCCAAGCAAAAUGAAGAGCCCUCUGCGUCUGUCCACAGUCCUGUUUGUCCUGUCAUUCGCCUGUGUGGUCCUGGCCAACAGCUUGUACAGCAGCAAUAGCAGCAGUUCCACACCCAAGAUCUGUGUCUUGCGUAACUGCAACUGGAACUCCACCACGAAUGCCUGUGGUCGCUUUGGUCGCUCCAAUCUGUGCAAUCGCUUCAGGAACAGCUGCACCCUGCGAUAUGAAUCCUGCGUGGGAUCCACCACCUACACGGCGGUCAGUCUAUCCCAGUGCUCCGGGAUCAGCGUGGGUUCCCGUGGAACCUGCGGAGGAUCGUCGUCCUCCUCCUCGUCCUCGAAUGUUGUACCCAUUAUCAUACGCAGGGGAUGAUUUUUUGUUGCUGUUAAUGGAAAUAAAGUAUCUUUAAUCAAUGUUAA